AUGGAAGAGAUAGACUUACACUUCUUUAAAACAGAUCCAGUGCCCUUUAGGCGUGACAAUGUUAGUGUUAAGGAUUGCAACCCUAAUAUUUUCAUUAAAGCAUUCGCUCAAUUUUUGAAACUAAAAAAUAUGAUUGAAUGCCCAAAAUGGACUGACUAUGUGAAAACUAGUCCCGCCAAGGAAUUGGCCCCAAAAGACCCAGACUGGUACUUUAUUAGAGCAGCUGCUAUAAUCCGUCACAUCUAUUUCAAACCUGAUUGCGGUGUUGGUGAACUGAGGAAGUUUUACAGCUCCAAGCAGAGAAGGGGCACUGCACCCAAUCAUAUGUGCAAAGCAUCAGGCAAAAUCAUACGCACUGUGCUACAACAAUUGGAACGCGCAGGCCUACUCGAACAAAAUCCACAAAAAAGUGGUAGAAGAGUGUCCCAAAAGGGCGCAAAUACCAUCAAUUCAUUUGCCAGGCAACUCACUAAGAAGGCUUUGGAAAUGUCAAAGCAAAUGUGA